GCAGUCGGUAGCAGCACCUGCCCCUCGUACGGCAGGAGCGAGAAGUGCCAGCCCCUCUGCACAGAGCAGCAGCGUUCAGCCUGAGCCAGACGUGCUGUGGUGAUGGCUGCCUGGUGCCCUCGUCUCCUGCUCCUCACCGGCCUGCUGGCCCUGUCAGCCCCAGUUCUCACCCUGGAAAUACACAACCUGAACAUCUUAAAGGGACCCACCCAUGCAAUCCGGAACAUCCACCCAAAGCACCUGAAGCCCACAGGAUUCCACCAGAUUGUCGUUUACUGUGACUUGAACAGCACCAGCGAGGGCUGGACGGUCCUCCAGCAGAACCGGCACGACACACAGAUCACCUGGGCUGAGUCCUGGAGCACCUACAAGUACGGCUUUGGCAACGUGCAGGAUGACUACUGGCUGGGGACGGAGUACAUCUAUCGGAUCGCCAAGCAGAAGGUCUACCAGGUCAGGUUUGUCAUCCACGAUUCAUCCGGCACCAUGAAAUACGCAGACUACAACCUCUUCGGUCUGGAAGACGAGUCCAAAGGCUGCAGGCUGAGGCUGGGCUCUUACACUGGGACUGCAGGGGACGCCAUGGCCCCAAACAAUCCUAGCACCGUGCAUGACAACAUGAAGUUCUCUGCUAAAGACCUGGAUCAGGACACUUAUGGUGGGAACUGUGCGUCUAGCUAUGAGGGGGGCUGGUGGUACUCGGCUUGUCAUUCUGUUCGACUGAACGUCAAAGGGAGCAUCACUUGGGGUAGUUUCUGUAGUGGGAACUGCCAAGCCUCCGCCAUCCUCAUCAAACCAGCGUCCUACUGUUAGUCACCCCUUCCCCACCCUCCUGUCUGCAGUGAGGCCAACCCCUGCUCCACGAAGGGAGGGAAAAGGGUCAGCGUGUGUCAUGGCCAAACCUCACACCCAACUCGGAGGGGGAAGUAUCAUGUUUAUCCAAAAUGGGGCAACUUUCUCUUUUCUUUUCUUCCGUGCACUUUCCGAGCUAAUCUCUGCUGGGCACUUGUGCUUUGCGUUGACUUGACUUAGUGAUAUUCGUAAUCAGAAGAAUCAUUUGCAAAACCUGCAGUAUCCAGAUGUAGAAGCUCCGGGGAGAGUAAAUGCCUCAGAUCUGUA